AAGAAACUACUCACGCUUUAGCAAUACUUAUUUUGUUGUUAAAAGAGAAACUGUCACUGCACGUAUUUACCUCCUAAGUCUAAAUCAGUCACCGAGUUUAGCUUUCGGUCCAGUAAAGCGUUUUUACAUUUUUUCAAAUCCAAAAAGUGUUUACAAUUUUGAGUAAAAUCCAUAAGUUCAUCGUGAUUUUUAGUCUGACACAAGGAACUAAAGGGACCGCAUUCUGUCAGGGUUUGUCCAGUGGUCCUGCCCCAAAAGCGAUGCUGGUCACCGUUUUCUGCGCACCCAGGGAUCGCCCAGAAAGCACAUUUGCCCUCGAGGUGUCCCCGGAGUUGGAGCUGAGAGACUUUGUAGCACUUUGUGAACUGGAGUCGGGAAUUCCUGCGGGGGAAAUUCAGAUCACAUAUGUAGAGCAGCCACUGAAGGACCCCACGCGUGCCUUGGGGAAUUAUGGGGUUAAGGAUGGCGAUGUCGUGGUUCUACGACAAGCGGACAGAAGGCCGCCACCGACUCUGCCAUCCCUGUCAGGUCUGCCCCGCAUUGACUUUCGUUCCAUCACAGUCCCAGGUACGUCUUCAUCAACCAAUCAGCGCAGCUCUGCAAGGCCGCUGCCGCCACAGCAACAGCCGUCUCAACCGCAGCAGCCGCAGCAACCACAGCCGCAACCACAGCCGCAACCACAGCCUUCCACACCUACGGCCUUUCGUGGCACCCUCCCCCAGGGUCUGGACGACCCCGCCUUACUGCAGCAGAUGCUCUUAUCAAAUCCACACGAGCUCUCGCUCCUAAAAGAAAGAAACCCUCCACUGGCUGAGGCCCUGCUGAGUGGAGAUUUAGAGCGUUUUACCAAAGUGCUGCUGGAGCAGCAGCAGGAUCGAGCCAAAAGGGAACAAGAGCGAAUCAGACUUCUGACUGCGGAUCCGUUUGAUUUAGAAGCCCAGGCAAAAAUUGAAGAAGACAUCAGGCAACAUAACGUGGAAGAAAACAUGACCAUUGCAAUGGAGGAAGCCCCAGAAAGCUUUGGACAGGUGGUUAUGCUGUACAUUAACUGCAGAGUCAAUGGCCACCCAGUAAAAGCUUUUGUUGACUCAGGAGCCCAGAUGACCAUCAUGAGCCAAGCGUGUGCGGAGCGCUGUAAUAUCAUGCGACUGGUGGACCGACGCUGGGCCGGGAUCGCAAAGGGAGUCGGAACUCAGAAAAUCAUCGGCAGAGUUCAUCUGGCUCAGGUGCAGAUUGAGGGGGAUUUCCUGCCCUGCUCCUUCUCCAUUCUGGAAGACCAGCCCAUGGACAUGCUGCUGGGGCUGGACAUGUUGAAGAGACACCAGUGCUCAAUAGACCUGAAGAAGAACCUGCUCGUAAUUGGCACUACUGGCACCGAAACCCGCUUCCUGUCCGAGGCGGAGCUUCCGGAGUGCGCCCGGCUGGCAUACGGCGCGGAGGGCCGUGAAGACGCCCGUCCAGGAGAGAUAGCUGAUAGAGAGCUGGCAGAGGCGCUUCAGAGGUCCAUACAGGAAAGCGACACUGCAGAUGGACCGGCUACCUCAACAGAGCCCCCACCAUUUACAUUAGACCAAACGCUCCCCUCCUCCGCUCCUGCUGAAAGCCCUCGCUUUGAUCAGCCCCACAACUCCGCCCCGGCCGCCAUGGAGCGAGCUCCAGAGCCAGAGCAGUGCCAGAUCCCUCCUGACUUACUGCAGCCUUCAGCUCCAGCAGAGGAUGCUUCUCCACCUCCUGGUGUCGCUCCUCCUCCUCCUCCUCCUCCUCCACAUCCUCUGGCGAUGCAAAGUGACCCCGAUGUGCUCCCUUCACGCACUACAGCAUCAGAUGCCGUCUCUACAGAAAUGAUCACCAAGCACCAGGGCUCAGAGGAUGAGGAGGAUGCUGAAGCAGGCAUGGUGGAGGAAAGCUCAGAAUGCACAGCAGAGGAGCCGUCCACCAUUCAGCCCAUGGAGCUGGACGCCUCUGACACCGCAGACGUCUGUCCCAAAGCUCCCAACCAUCCCGACUCUGUGGAGAUGGAGCCUUCCUCUGCUCCUGGCGCUGCGGUUCCCUCUGAGAAGGACACGCCUGAUGAAGAUCGCUGCUCCAGCUCUGAGAGCGUGCCUUCGCUGGCGGCGGCUCUGGUGGAGCUCCACGAGCUGCUGGUUUCCAACAGCCGCGCUCAGUCCCAGGACAGCAGCAUGUCCUGCUCCCCGCCGUGCUCUCUGCUGCACGACGCAGACAAAGCAUCUCCUGAGCCUCGGACCCCGACACCCGAAAACACCCAGCCUGCCCACUGCACUGCCAUGACAUCUGAUGAAGAACCAAGUGAUGCCAAAGCCAACGACGCUGCUGCUGCUGCAGCUGCUGCUGCUUUGUCUCAUGUGGAACAAUCCGAGUGUCUUGUGUUUGAUAAUGAUCCGGGUGAGGAUCCAACUGGAACCGAAGACAGAUCCUCACAGAGGGAUGCAGAUGCUCCAGAUGACGGCGGAAGCAUAUCUCAGCCUGAGCCGGAACUUCCUCCCUGUCCUGCUGUCAUCCCUGAGGUCAGGGAACCACCGGAGGGGCAGCAUGAGAGAGGGGUUGCAGACGGGCAAGCCUCCGCUCCAAACGCCCACGAUUCUCUCCACGCGGAGCCCACCCCGCUCAUCCCAUCCUCGUCAUCGGAGGCCCAGCAGGAGGGAGUCUCGAGCGCCUCUGCCUCUGUUCCUCCUCUCCCUCAGGCUGCCUGGUCUUCGUCUCCAGCUCCUCUUCCUCCCUCUCCUCAUCCCUUUACAGACCAUUUUCCAGCAGAGCACAUUGAGAGAAUCCAGGCAGCAGGCUUUUCUGCCACGGAGGCCGUGGAGGCGCUGGAGCGGGCUGACGGGGUUGUGGAGCUGGCUCUGCUGGCUCUCCUGGCCCGCAGCAUCACUGUGCCCACGUAGACCGGGAGCCGGUCCUGAGUCUCCAGCCUCCAACUCAGUCUUAUUUAUACUUGACACUGGUUCCCUCUGUUUGUUUUUUUCUUUUGCUUUAAGGUUUCAUUUCAGAAGGGAGCAUGUGAAAUCACAGAGAAUCAAUUCUGAGCAGGUGUUUGCAUGCAGAUGUUUUAGGUGCCCACUCACUGAGGAUUCUGGGAAAAUAGACCUGUUUUGUUUUUGUCCCAUUUUGAUAGCACAUUGGGAAAGGAGACUGAACCUCAUCAGUUCCUGUUUUCUAUCAUAAACCCACAUGCUUGUGAGGAAAUGAUGCUUUCGUCCUUUGAAAUUCCGCUACAAUUCUGCUUUUUCUAUACUUUUCUUUUUCAAUCGUGGCUAUUCCUCUGUCUCAGAUGUCAAAAUCAACCCAUAAUUAAAAAGAGCCUGUUUUUUUUUUUUUACUGCACAGGCAUGUUUGAAGUGAAACAGCUGUGCAUAAAAUUCUUAGUUUUGAUCCCAAAUCGUUAGUACACAUUUUUCUUUCUUCACGUGUGUAUCAGUGUAGCACAUGUGUACACAUGUACUGAUACACGUGUGUAUCAGUGUAUCAGAACACGUGUGUAUACGUGUGAUACAGUUUGUAGCUCCUGUUCAGAAGCUUUUAUUUUUGUGACAAAUCCUCAGUGUUUUAAAAAAAAAAUCCCUUUUUUUAUUUUGAAUGAGGCCUUUCAUGGCAAUUUUUUUUCCUCUAGUGAUAAAUUUAAUUGAACAUUUGAAUGCCUUUGGGUCACACAAUGUUCAGACAGAUUUAAUUAUUUACUUAUAUCUUGUAUGAAAUUUUAAUAAAUCGCAAAUGAAAUUAAACCAGUAUUUGUAUAA